AUGGCAUCCGAGUUCUCCUUUGCCCGAGGCGUCUCCCUCCCCGCCGCCGCGCACUGGCCGCCCCUCGCCUUCACCUCCUACAGGCUGCGGCACAGUGCGGCGUGCACCAGGGCGAAUCCUCGGGUCGUGGCGGCGGCGAGGGCGGUCUCAGUGGCCGCCGCCAGGAGGAUGCCCGGCUCAGUCAGAUACGGCGGCGCCAGGGUAGCGGCGUUGCGGGCGGAGGAGGCCGAGGUGGCCGUGCCACCGUCGGUGUCGGUGCGCGUCGCCUACGAGCUGCAGCUGGCCGGUCACCGCUACCUCGAUGUCAGAACGGAGGGCGAGUUCGGUGGUGGGCAUCCGGCAGGAGCGGUGAACGUCCCCUACAUGUAUAGCACCGGCUCAGGAAUGGCCAAGAACCCGCACUUUCUCGAGCAAGUGUCGGCGAUCUUCGGCAGGGACGACGAGAUCAUCAUCGGAUGCCAAAGUGGCAAGAGAUCUCUCAUGGCGGCAGCCGAACUCUGCUCCUCUGGCUUCACUGCCGUGACCGACAUCGCCGGAGGGUUCUCGACUUGGAGGGAGAACGGACUGCCGGUCAAUGGACGCGGGCUUCUAUAA